GACCGAACCAAGCAAUCAAACCAGAUAUUUACGCAUACCCGAAGUCGUUAAUUCGAUAACAGAUGUAGUUUCUCUCCACUCCAACGGAGAAAUCCAAAUGCUCGAUGAGCUCCAGUGUCGGAAAUCGAAUCAGAGUCCUGAGUUUCGGGAAGCUUCCACACAUUUCUGAUUUACUGUUGAGAACCCAUAAUCCUCGUAGCCUCUCUGUUCUCCUUCAUCAUCAGAAUCACACUCUUCUUCCGUUUCGCCGUAGUUGCAUCUCCGUCGUUCAUCGUGGUUCUAGUUAUUUUCUUUGGCUUCGCUCAUCUCCUCCUCUGUCCUGCAUGUCAUCUCAGGCUGAAUCUGGGUUUCCCCAGCACUCCGAUUCUUCUAAAACGGUGAGGAUGGUGAUAAAGGGAAGAGUACAAGGAGUGUGUUACCGGAACUGGACUGUUGAGAACGCAGAGCAGCUCGGGAUAAAAGGAUGGGUCAGGAACCGCAGAGACGGUUCAGUGGAAGCACUCUUCUCUGGACCAUCUGAAGCUGUCGAUGAGAUGCAGCAAAGAUGUCGUCGUGGUCCUCCUGCAGCCAUGGUAACUGGAUUGGAGGCUUUCCCAUCCAGUGAAGAACCAGGGAUAAGUUUUGAAUACAGAUCAACCGUCUGAUUGUUUCUCUUUUAGCAGAGAUGAGAGAGAGGGUUCUUGAAUGUUUGUCAUGUAUGUUAAGUUGUUAACAUAAUAAGAAUGUGUAUUUGAUCAUUUCCACUUAUACAUUUAUAGCAAGUUGAUAUUAGUAUUCAUCAUUA